AGGAAGAAAACGGCUAGUUUCCUUCCACACACGUCUUGCCGACCAAAUGGAAAUGGAGUCGAGGCACGAUAAAGCACCUUCAACAUUUCUAAUCCACUAAAAUAAAUGCUGAAUGAUGCGAUCGAUUAUUCGAACAAUGUUAAUAUGAAAAGAGAAUUAUCAAACCAUUGAUAAAAAUGAAAAUUUAUCAUUAAAAAUAACGACAGAUAAACGCGAUUAAUAUCGUUUUAACGAGCAUUAAUUAUCGGAGUUUAACUUGUUAAAAGGCUGCCCGAAGGAGGAAAUAUUUUCGGUUUAUUUAUUUAAAAAAAUAAUAAAUAAAUAAUAAAGUAUUCACCCAACAAUAGCCAGUCCAAAUUAUCAUUUGGCUGAACAACGAGUCCGAUGCGAGGUAUCAUCACGUGCAUCGUGAGUUCAUACAAUUGUUUCACUAGGUGACAUGCCUAGCAGUCGCGAUCUCGACCGUGUGGAUCGUAAUGGCCGAUACAAAUCCCGUCGUCGUGAAAGCGGGGCAGACAUCCUAAACCGCCUCCUCCCCGACAAGAAGCACCGUAAGCAUGGUAAAUCCAAGACCUCAAAGAAGAAGAAGAAGCACAAUCGCGAUCGUCUUGACUCAAUUCCCUCAGUAGCCUCAUCAGUGGUAAAGCCCCUCGUCGAGUACUCGGACGUCUCCAGUGAGGAUUUGUCAGGCCCCGAAGCGGGUGAAAUUCAGUCUGAGGAGUCCCGUGGUGCGAGUUACACCGACGGUGAGCCAUUGGAGUCCCUCCUCCGGCCAAAAUACUAUGCCUCACCACCUCGUCCCCUCGGCGCAUCACCAAUCAGUCUAUCGCCAUCACCACCAAUGCAUCGUCACUCUGCCCAGUACUCCCCCCAGGAGGAGGCCCCCCAGCCGUCCCCGGAGUACGAGGAAGACAAUCGUCGUUAUGUCAGGAGAAAAGAGAAGAAACACAAGCGCGAAAAGAAGAAGAAGAGAUCUCUGAGCCCAUCGUCAAGCUCCUCAAAGAAGAAAAAACGUAAAUCAAAGAGAGCUUCGAGAUCACCCCCUAGAAUCCUGCAGGAUGUGCCCUCACCAGACCCUCCGAAGCCCAUUGACACGUGGUCAGAGUCCCCUCCCCUUCCCCUGAAGGACUCAACCUCGCCAAUAUCGCCAGCAACCCCUCGUGACAACAGAUCCCCAAGUGAUAUGGACCUGGAGUCUCCACCCCGUGAGGAGAGAAACGUCACCCCUCCAUGCACCAUAAUCUCGAGAAGAACCGAGUCCCCUCACACUCCUCUGUUGCCACCGCGACCCCUCACCCCAGAGCUCCCAAAGUCCCCAGAACAAAUGAAGUCACCAUCCCCAACAAGAAGUCUGAGUCCCAUAGAGACGAACAUAACCAGGAGACGAGCCCAUUCCCCCAGUCCUCGACGAAGGGAGCCUUCGCCCUCCCCCAGGAGGAGAGAGUACUCCCCCAUGGGAAUGCUGAGGAUGCGUCACACUCCAAGCCCCAGCAGACGAAGGGAAUACUCUCCAGGCACGAUGCACAGACGACGUGAUCCCAGGUCAUCUGGAUCACCUCCGAGCAAGAGACGACGAAGGGAUGACUCCGAGAGACGUCACAGACAUCACGAGAAGGAUCGAAGGGACAAUAAGAGGAAAUCAAGGUCGACUAGGAGUCCACCAGGCCGAGGAGUACCUCUGGCCUUGUCCAGAUCGAGAUCGAGAAGCCCCAGGAGCUGGAGAAAAUUGACAAGAUCGAGAUCGAGGUCGAGGAGAAGAAGCAGAUCCCCGAGGAAGUCUCGAUCCCCGAAGAUCCACAAACCCCUGAGGAAACACAGAUCUAAGAGUCCUAAGUCCUCAAGGUCGUCGAUACCAUCACCAGGUCCUCACAGACCGAGAGUGAGAAGUCCAUCGAGUCUGAAAGCCAUUAAUCUACGAGGACAGGCGAAGAUUAACGAGACAAGUCUCUUCGCUGAACUAGUCAAGGACAGGAACAUGAGGGAAUUGGCUUAUAAGAAGCUGCAGGAGGCUAAGGAGAAGGCUGGCAAUCAGGACGAGGUGCAGAUCAUUGAGGGGAACGACGAGAGGGACUCGAAUAAUUCUUCAGAUGCUAAAAUCAGUGAUAAAUCAGCUAAUGGAAAGGUGAAUGAGGGAAAGCCUGAGCUUGUCACGAUACCAGGUCCAGCCCCUACAGCACCUCCAGCCCUUAAACCCUCUGACGAGGCUGGUCUGACCCCUCCUCUCCCUCAACUCCCUCAGGAAACCCCACCAAUGCCAGUGGAUAAUUCAGUAACAGAGCCAACACCACCACCACUACCUCCAGCCCCUCCUCUACCACCGAACAAUGGUGCCCUGGGGUAUCCAAUGAGGACACCUCCCCCAGAGCCAUCAGCAAUACCAACAGCUCCAGCCCCUGGAAUACCAAUUCCAUCUCAUCAAACACAUCAGCCCUCCAGUCUCGUCACCAAUGCCAUCUCAAAAUUCAAUACCCCUAACAAUCUUGUUCCCUUGAAGUCAGUGGAUCCACCGAAGACUCCGAUCAUUAAAUUCAAGACGAAGAGUCUGUCGAAGCUACCACUGCCACCUGGAAUCAAUCAGAAUGAUCUAGAGAGCAUUGAUUCACCUCCAAGCAGGUCUCCAAGCCCUCCGAAGGUGAAGCCUGCGGCUGUGGGGACUCCGGGCGUCAAGGUGGGAGUCAAAAAAGGAAUCAAGGACCUGCCAAUGCCUCCAGGGAUCAUCCCCGGGGGUGAGGACUUCUCUGGUGAAGAGGAUCCUAAUGCCACUCCUCCCAGGGGGAAGGUGGACAGAAUAGCACCGAAACCAAAGCUCAAGAGGCCGAAAAUCCUCAAGAGGAGGAGCUCCAGAAACUGCCACAUGCCCAUGUCUGCCAGUGGGGGAAAGGACUGGGGAGAGAGGUGUGUUGAUGUUUUUGAGGUGAUCGCACAGAUCGGGGAGGGGACCUAUGGACAGGUCUACAAGGCUCAGGAUAAGAGGGCUGCGGUGCUUGUGGCCCUGAAGAAGGUCAGGUUGGAGAAUGAGAAGGAGGGAUUCCCCAUCACUGCUGUCAGGGAGAUCAAGAUUCUCAGGCAGCUCAAUCAUAAGAAUAUUGUCAAUCUGAGGGAGAUUGUCACUGAUAAGCAGGAUGCCAAGGACUUCAGGAAGGAUAAGGGGAGCUUUUAUCUCGUUUUUGAGUAUAUGGAUCAUGACUUGAUGGGGCUGCUGGAGUCGGGGAUGGUGGAUUUCAAUGAGAUGAAUAAUGCGAGUAUCAUGAAGCAGCUUUUGGAUGGUCUUAAUUAUUGUCAUGGCAAGAACUUCCUGCACAGGGAUAUCAAGUGCUCCAAUAUUCUUAUGAAUAAUAGGGGAGAAGUCAAACUCGCUGAUUUUGGACUAGCCAGAUUGUACAAUGCUGAAGACAGACAGAGACCUUACACAAACAAAGUCAUAACCCUGUGGUAUCGUCCCCCAGAGCUGCUCCUCGGGGAGGAGAGGUAUGGGCCAGCUAUCGAUGUCUGGAGUUGUGGCUGCAUUCUAGGAGAAUUAUUCUGGAAGAAACCACUAUUUCCGGGUAAUGCAGAAAUGCAGCAACUAGACAUGAUAUCCCGGGUAUGUGGCACCCCGACCCCAGCAGUCUGGCCAUCUGUGAUAAAACUCCCCCUCUUCCACCUCCUGAAAGCCAAGAAAACCCACAGACGCAGAUUACGAGAAGAUUUUUCAUUCAUGCCAUCCCUCGCCCUGGAUCUACUCGACAAAAUGUUGGAACUGGACCCAGACAAGCGAAUCACAGCAUCCGAGGCCUUGAAGAGUGCAUGGCUGAGGAAUGUUCAGCCAGAGUUAAUGCCAGCACCUGAAUUACCCACAUGGCAAGACUGUCACGAGCUAUGGAGCAAAAAACGACGAAAACAGAUGAGAGAACAGGCUGAGACAGCAGCAACAGGAAGGGACGUUGGAGGAUCAUCGAAAAGACUGAAAAUGGAGGCAGGGUUCACCUCCCAUGGGCCAAAUUUUGAGAGCAAUGAUGGAAUGCUCGAGGGAAACACGUACAGUGUGUCACCAGGGACUUAUUACUACAAUAGUCCCUUGAAAGCGAGGACUAACCAGCGGUGCGAGGGUGGAGACGUGCAGGGAAUGGAUUUGAAUACUGAGGACAGUCUUGCGAGGAAAUUGAGUCAUCUCACUGGCGCUUUGAGUCAGGGAAAACCUAUCAGGGUUGAUGAUCUCAUGUCCCUUCGGUUGGACAAUGAGAGUGAUCCAAAAGCCGUGCAAUUAUUGGAGGAGCUACACACGGAACUACGUCUAGCAGCAAAUUCAAGGCCAACUGGACAACUUGAGGCUCAUUUGCCAGUGCUCAAUCCUCCUCAACCUGACCCUCUAAGUGGCAAAACAACAUUCGAUGCCCACGCAGUGUAUGCAGGUGACGACGCAGUGAGUUGCGGUGGAAGAUGGUCCCAGCUAGCGACCAUAGGCAUUAAAACUGCCCUGUCCGCCCUCAUGUCCCGAUACGGACUGGAAACCUACAACACCCCGAUAAUGAAUCAACCACCGGGUAAAUCAUUCGCCGGGACGUCUCAGGCCAUCUUCCCGGCCCCUUCGUCGUCCACACAAUCUGCAUUCGGCUCGUAGUCCACAGUUUUCAUAAUUACGUUCCUCCAACCACCCCUCACACCGUGUAAUUUAUUGUAAUAAUCAAAAGUGAACGAAUGCCCUCUCGGCAUUAGCCGUUGUAAAGAUUAUACAACUUUUAAUCAAUCAGUUUGAACAAAGAUGACUUGAAUACAGAGAGUGACUGUUGUAUAUUGAAUUCCAUAUUUUCAUCGUAAAUUAAGGACGUAGGAUUCGGAUUUAUAAAUCCACGAGGCAAUUUAUUAAAUUAUCAAUCAAUUUCGAUGAGCGAUUGUUCUAUUGUUCUCAUCAUUUUUGUCUUUUGGUUUUAUCAGUUUACUUAUCAGAAGGGAGGGGAAGAUAUCGUUAGGGCGCGGAAAGAUGACGGUUAUUGGUAAUUUUCUUUUUCAUUUUCUACUGUAAAGAGUUUAUAUACCACUGGGGUUUCUUUUGUAUUAUUGUGAAGCAAUAGUUAUCGAUGGAAUAUGUAAAUAUUAUGAAGGAUCAAUAAUAAAGACUUGAACAAUUGA